AUGAGCAAAACCAGCUACGAGUUCAUCUCGGACGGUGAAGAUGACGAGCUGCUCAAGGACCUCCCCAUAAUCACAACAACAAAACCCUUUUCAUCUUCCACAUCAUCCUCCAAGCCACUUAUCCCAGAUCUUUUUGACACACCGUCAGGGCUCCCCUCGGAAACAACGGCUGAAGAAGAUUACGAUCUCGAUAGCAACUUGUCAAGUUCACAGCCAGUCCCCUCAUCACCUCUUCUAUCAUCCCCAGUAUCGUCGAAAUCUGUAAGCCCGAUCAGACGCCGGUCGCAAACUAACUUUUUGGCCGGGGCAAACAGUAAAGGACUUUCACGGAGUGCAUCAUCGCCGUCCACUCUAGCUGAAUCGAACCCUAAAAAACGAGCAAAGCGUGGGGCUGCUAAGGCGACUAACCAGCCGUCGCUGAAUGAUUUUUUCCCUCCGAAAAAAUCAACAGCUUCUGGGACCAAGCAAAGUUCAUUAAAUGAGUUCUUUAAUAAGGGAGCUCCACGCACCCGUGGCUCCAAGAAAGCAGUGAAGGGUAACAAUUUGUUUGACUUCAAAGUUAGUGAGGACACAAUGAAACUCGUCAAUAGUUUAAAUGCUCUUGAGGCCCUGGAACAUGAGGACGAGCUGGAGCGUGAAAAAGUACGUUCCAAAGUGGCUGCCUUACGCGAGCUUGAGGAGUCCACUCUCGCCGAUCUCACCCAGCGCAUAGUCUCAAAUGGGUUUAACGGUGCCACUGUUCCUGGCCCCAAAGUCUGGCCCGGUGCUGGGUUUGAAUGUACAAAUACAUCGACUAAACCAAAGAAAUCAACAUCUUCCAGAACAUCCCAACAACGGCGUGGCGCAAAACACUCUGUCCAAGAAGAAUCAAUCGACGACCUGGUGGCCAAACGAUUUGACGUGGCACGCGAAACUGCCCGCAUCAUGUAUCGCGAAAAAACAGACCCUGGCGGAUCUGACUACAGAACGUGCAAGGAUUUUUAUCUUCUAGCACCCAUCUACGUUCCUUACAAGUGCGAUCCACCAUCCAACCUUUUCGGUAGCGGUAAUGCCUCUGGCCCCAAGUUACCUCCAUGGGGGGUUCUUUCGUAUGCUACCACCCCUCAUUUUGCCGUGGAGUCUGGCACACUCUUACGCAAGUUAAAUGCCAAUCAGCCUGAUGAACAAUCACCCACAAAGCUACCACUGCCUGUUUGGACUUGGAUUCUGUUUUCAUUCAUGUCGUCGCCACAGGCUGCAAACGACGCAAUCAUUAAUAAGUAUGUGGAGGUGCUAACGACCGGAUACAAUGCAACUGAGUGGGAUCAUGUGGAUACACUGAGGCAGGUUUUCGCAAGCGUUGGUCUAUCGAUAGAAAUUUUUGAUAAUAUUACAGCAUUGGUUUUUAAGAAGGAUACCUGCGAGCACAAUUCAGACCAACAGUCCCCCAAGUCUGCUCUAUCCCAGUUCAAUUUUGACACUUUGUUGAAACCCGUGUUAGGUCCACGGUACGUAUUCCCACAAGUGCAGGCUGUCAAGAUGGCCACACGAGUUGCACUCGGUAUUGUGGAACAGGUGGCUGCUGCUGUUUGUGCCGAAUUGCCUCAAACCACUUUGGAGUCUCUCCAACAACUCGUUUUUGUGUUGCUGGCACUCAUUUCUACCGACGCUUCACUGCUUUCACAAAUCAGCCAACUGGACCUUCCAGUUGCCUUUGCCCGCCUUUUGUCCACUGUCUCUGCAGAGCGUUGGACUAAUGACGAUGGUACCACUACGUUCGAUAAACAGGCAAACACAAACACCACAACUCAGUCAUGCCCAACUGACUUGCUUCCCUUUUUGCCGACAAUCGCCCCCAAAUACAAGGAUACCUUUUGUUACUCUCUAGUCAAUACCAUCGCCCGUGUGCUUCCACCAUCACAAGUAAUUUUGCGAUCUCGUUUUCUUGAGUCUCUUUCGGAAACAAGUAGUGCCGGUCGUAUGUUUGAGCUACGGCAGUACCUUGCUACGGCCUUUUUUACCACAUCCACUUUCGACAUGCCUCAAGGUGCCAGCGACCUUGACACUUAUGCAGACCCACUCGAAUUUUACUUUGACCCAGAAGAUAUUGCGGCCACCGUAGAGCGCACCAUUCUCCCCAUCAUGUUCCGUGAUCCUGUACUUGCAAACGCCCGUGCAUACGGGCUAGAGCUUGUCACACGCAAAGCUUUAGAUCCAUACCUACAGCAGGGCCAGACCGAAGGUGUGCGGAAUAUUUUCGAGUCUCGUCGAGCCGCGUUACUGUCGUCAUGGCGAGACAACACAAAUACGCUGACAGGGCUUGCUGAAACACGCACGCGCCUGUGCAUAUUAUGCACAUAUGUGCUGCACCAUCUUGUGCGUGUUGCUGAACCCCUACGUGAAGCCCUGAUCCAUCGACUUCAGGAAGUAACGAGGGUCGUGCUCCAGCUGCUGCGGGCGGGUCCCGGCGGUGCCGGGAUUAAAGACGGCCACGAGGAUGAUGAGGAUGAGGAUGACGAGGACAAGGAAGGCGAUGAAGAAAUUAAAGUACCCGACCAGGAAAUUAUGACUGACCUGGAUGAGCCGAGGUCGCCAUCAGUGUCAUCACCUACGAGCUCUCCGUCUCGGCUCUCUGAAGACCCUGAACCUGUUCUUGGUCCAUGUGUUGUUGUGCGCGCGGCUGGUGAAUCGCCCACACACAGAAAGUCUGCGUCUUCGCGGCGAUCUUCAGCGCUGGCUGCUGCUCUUGCAUUUGCUCAGGCGCAGCCAGAGGUUCGUCGCAAGAUAUUACCUGCGGUGAUGACUACUGAAGUGUCGAGGGUGAGUCGUCGGCCGCAGUUUUUGCACGAGGGAUUGACACUGGACAUUGCUGCGGCAUCCGUUUUGCAAGAGCUGCGCGACUUGCGACCGGCGGAAGAUGGAUACAGCGCAAAGACAUCGACAGCUUCCAGAAUUGGAUCUGGGUAUGCCACACCUAUGCGACGUGAAGGCGAGAAUGGAGACAAUGAGCAAGGUCAGGGUGAAGAGGAUGAGGAAACAAAAAUGAUGCCGCCUAAAAAGAAGAUGAAGGUGGUCUCAUUUGACGAGGACACAAAAAUGCAUGACGGGAAAGAAGCACCGGAGGUGGAACUCGCUGAAAAAAAGGAAAACGUUAUAAUGGGAAUUCAAAGUCAAAAACCAGUCAACCCCACGUUGGAUUUUGAUCCCGCGGCUCCACCCACAGGCGUGCGGCCCAAAAGGCGCGUCAUUCACCGGCGGCGUCCUGAAGUUGUUCAAUCAUAG